AGAUGCCAAUGAAGCACGUAUAUUGAAGGAAAGAAAACGAGCAGAACGAGCAAACAGAGCCGUUCUAAUCGCGUGUAAUAAUCUUCUGCGAGAUUUCGAUAAACUAGAAGCCGCAGGAGAUUUCCACGAUACGAGAGGAUCCGGUGAAGGAAGCACGAGAGACCGUGGUGAGUAUACUUCUCACGUGACAAGUCGCGCACUGCCACUUUCUGAAGUACGUGGUGGCUCGCAGCCAUCCCCACCAACCACAUCGUCUCUACAAAGCAUUCGUUUUGCUGAUAAUUCUCAUCUGCGCGAGCAUAGAGAUUCAUUUGGAUCCAGAGCUCAAAAUUCGUCUCCCCGCAGUCCACAAAAUUCCAAAGUAGGUCACCAGGCAAGUAGACAGUCUGCUGCCCCGCAACGAAUUCAGACCGCGCCAAGUCGGCAACCACGAAGAGUUUCAUCAAACGCUUCUUCCGCUAGUGGACAAUACACUAGAGAAGAAUCGGAUAAGUGGAUCAAUUUUGAUACGCUCGCUUUAAACGAAGCAGAGAGUUGUGACGCAGAGGGUGCUUGCCGUGCCUAUUUCCAGGACUCAACUUGUGAGAAAGUCCCUGAGAAGAAGAUAUCAAUUGAUCAAGAAGUCACGUUGAAACAGGAAGCUAAGCUUGCUGCUAAUCGUCAACGGGAAGAAGCGCGUAGAGAACAGCGUAAAGCAGCUAUUAAAGCUCAUCAAGAAUCUAAAGCUUUUCUGCUUCAAUCCCAGGAGGAGGAAGCCGGAAAGCAAACCAAGUUCACAACAUCACUUUCCCUUCGCCGACCAGAUCAGAAUCCAGUCAACACUGCCCGUCUUAGGCACCUUAUUUUAAGUACCAGGGAUCGAGAUAGUCUUGAAGAAGAAGAAUUCAAAAAUCUUUGCGCAACACAUUAUCCAGACGGUAAUCAUCGUAAGCAACCUGGACCAGACGAAAGUAAAAGUUUCGAUCCAGCGAAAACUGCCAAGAAGUUGCAUGCCCCUACAUCUUCUAGGUUUGGAUUUACUAGAGAAUUGUACGCGCCUACCGCGGCUAAUCCUGCCAGACAAGUACCUGCUCUUACUAUCCUCGGUUCUUCCAGAGAGCAGCAAGCUAUUUCUGCACCCGAUUCUGUCGAACGUGAAAGACUGCGCGUGGAUAUACUUCAAAAUAAUCGGAACAUCUCUAGUGGCUCCCCACUUUCUAGAGGUGCCCAUACUUUUGGCUUUGACUCUCUGCUAAAUUCUCCACAGCAUAAUUCAAGUACUCCAGCAACUCAGAUAGCAUAUCGUUCCCAAUUGCCCCAACCUGGAAGUUCUCCAAGGGAGCUCCAAGCACCUACUCUUUCGUCUCAAGGUAACAGAGCAAAGGCGUCUCCUUCUGGAUUGGGAGCACCCCAAAACUGGUCUCAAAAUAGCUCAUCCACGAAUCAAGAGCCACUUAUCAGCUCACGCCUUCGACAACCUUCUUCCUCAAUCCAUCAACCAGCUCUUUUAUCCCGCGUCAAUAUAUCAGUGGCAGGUACACAGUCAACUUCUGUUCGCAAUAAUUCCAAACCAACUACAAACCGAGAAAUAAACACUUCUGGAUCUCGUCUUCCGCUCCCAGGAAUCAGCCUCACAUCUGGAAGUCCGACCCUGCCACCAAAUCAACAGUCCUUUUGACGUUAGCCUCAUAGCUUUAGGAGUCCAUUUUGCCGCGAUGGAUAAACUCCAAGUCGGAAAUUCCGAGCCGGUUUCGGUCAAGACAAAAGCUAUUGAGGAUGCAAGGCAAAUGCAAACUUCAGUAAUUGAGGCAGCAACCAAAGCAGGGAAGGAACCACCAAAAUAUGCGUUAAUAGAAUUAAUUGGGAAGGGGAGUUUUGGGCGUGUUUACAAAGGGUAUGUAAUCAUUCACUUAUUGGUCAUUUUGGCAAUGUAAUAAUACAUUAUACAGAAAGGAUAUGGUAUCGGCUGCCAUUGUGGCUGUGAAGAUCAUCGACAUCGAAGAGAGCGAUACGAUCAAUCCCAAGAAUGCCAAUUCCUAUGCCGAAUUCUUGAAGGAAGUUACCGCUCUGAAGACUUUAAGUGAAAAUAAAGCUAGGAAUAUCAAUCAUGUCAUCGAGGCAUUGCCAGUUGGGCAAGCGAUGUGGAUGAUUACGGAAUACUGUGGUGGAGGAAGUGUCGCUACUCUUAUGAAGCCUACCGCUCCUGGUGGCUUGCAAGAAAAAUGGAUUAUACCUAUUCUCCGUGAGGUUGCCGAAGCUAUUAAAUGGGUACACGAAGCUGGUAUCAUACAUCGAGAUAUAAAAUGCGCGAAUGUUCUUAUUACAGAGGAAGGAGCGGUUCAACUCUGCGACUUUGGUGUUGCUGGAACUAUAGAAACGAAGGUUGACAAGAGAUCGACCGUUAUUGGUACACCACAUUGGAUGGCACCAGAAUUAUUUGAUGCUGUUCCCAGCUAUGGCAAAGAAGUUGAUAUUUGGGCUUUCGGAUGUAUGGUUUAUGAGAUUGCCACUGGUCUUCCGCCUAAUGCCAUGAGUCGGCUUCCUUUUGAUCGGCUCGGUUCCCUUAUAAAACAACAUGCUCCACGUCUUGAAGGAGGGGAUUAUUCAGAUGAUUUAAGAGACCUCGUGGCGUUCUGCUUGGAAGAAUUCCCGAGUGAACGUCCAUCAAUUGACCGGGUUCAGAAUCAUCCUUACAUUUACAACACUAGUGCAAAAUACCCUAUGUCUUCGCUAUCCCAUCUCGUCAGAGCAUUUAAGUUGUGGGAGGAUCACGGCGGGAGUAGAAAAUCACUUUUUAUGUUGGGCGGAGCGCAAGCACCGUCGGAAUUCUCUUCUACGGCUUUGUCUGAUGAUGAAUGGAAUUUCAGUACUACUGCUGCAUUCGAACAGGAAGUUAGGCGUAAAUCGACCGCUCAAGAUGUCUACGAUGUUUAUGGCUCAAACGUUGAAUUUGAUGCUGGUUUUCCUCAAGAGACUGCUCGCCCACAACCUCCAAAAGGACGACGUCGACCUCCGCCAGAAGCACUAGCACCACUUCGUGGUCCACUAGAAAAGAUAUUUGACCCAAAUACACUGUCAAGUUAUGAGGAUAAUAGUCGCAAUCAUUAUGGUCGCCCGUUCUUACCACCAACCUCAGAUUUACCACCUGUACCAUCUCGCUCGGAUUUACCUUUACGUGAUGAUACUGCACAAACAUCUAUUAGGGAUACUAUGAUUGAUCUUGGAGGUCAUGAUGCAGAAACGGGUAUAUCUGUCUUUCCGGAUAUGGAUACUAUUAAAGCCGGAAGACGUGUACGAGACGAACCUGAUGAAGACUAUAUGACAACAUUACCUGACUUUAGUCGACCAGCACUCAGCGAUCCAGCUGAUAUUAACCCAAAUCGUCGUACGCGAGAUUGGAAAUUUCCAGCAAUGGUACCACCUGCAUCAGCUGAUCCAGAAGUCUCCAGGUUUCCUCCUUCAACAUAUGAGGUCCCAAAACCAGCCUUUACUCCUGGCGUUGGUGGCCGUCCUGCAUUAAUUCAUCAUCCUACUGAACCUUUAGGUGGAUUCAGUGGUGGUCUUCCACCUGCAGAAAUCCACACUGGAAUGUCUCGCUUAUCCGUUCGCGAUUCUCUCAUUGAUCUAGAUAUGAGUAUGCCAGAUUCCGUCCCAGCUUUCAAUCCUGACUUUGGUCGGCCCUCAACAGCAGAUUCCGAUGCUAUCUCGAUUUUGAGCGACUCAGGACAAGCCAUGUCAUCAUCUACGGUCAAUCCAUUUGAACUCGAGCGUCAUGCUUCAUUGUAUCAACCUACCUCCCACUCGCGCGAGCCUUCACUAUAUGCACCUUCCCACUCACGCGAACCUUCUUUAUAUGCACCUUCCCACUCACGCGAACCUUCUUUAUAUGCACCUUCCCACUCACGCGAACCUUCUUUAUAUGCACCUUCACACUCGCGUGAACCUUCCAUAUAUACCACUACUCACGAACGCGAGCCUUCCAUAUAUGCCACCUCUCACGAGCGCGAACCCUCCAUCUAUGUAACUGAAGAAAUGGGAUCUUUCUCGGCCUCAGUCACUCCCCCUCCUGAAGGUACAUCACGUCCACUUCGCGCCGAUCGUCCUCCUCGUCUUCGAACCGGCAACGCUCUUCGUGACGUAGCCGAUAUUUUGGACUUUUCGGACUCUGCUGCUGAAAGCACUUUGGGUUACAUCACAGAUACAAAUGACACAGACUCUGACUACGCAACCGCUUCAACUGUUUCAAUCCAACCUCCUCCCCCAACCAGUCAUCCUCGCGAUCCGAAUACUCCAUAUACUAUGGCACAUUUUCCCUAUUUACCUAAUGCUCCUUCCGUGCGCGCAUUAACAGGCGAAGCAGCUCAUGAAGAGAUGGCUUUCGAGAUGUCUAGGAUGUUAAGAGGUCUAACUGGUCAACUUGAAGCUUUUCGCGAUGUCUAUGGUUCCGAGGAAUUGGCUCGCCGAUCUCAUCAAAGGCGUGAACGAAGAGAUAAUGGGGAGAAUGGUGUUUAGGUCUCUUCUAUUUAACAUACCACGGCCGUUUGAGUAAUCAGUAUAAUGGGAUUGACUUCCAAGUUACUUUAGAAUCUUAGGGAAAUGUGCAGGUUUCUAAUCUAUUGAUCCGGAGCUACCCUGGUCUUCCUAUCAAUAUUUUAUUUGUUUUUUUUCUUUUUUUGUUCAUCGGCAGGUGUUUACAUGAGCUGUUACGGGAAGAAAUCUAUGUUUCUAUGAUAUGACUAUGCCAUGACUUAGAUAUGGGCAGAUGCAUUAAUGCAUGACAUGAUACAAUGCAAUAUGAUAUGAUAAAAUAUUUUAAAGAAGGUUGUAGGCGAUAUCCUAAAAUGGAGCCCGACAGAAGAAUGAGCGGUAAAGGAAUAAAUGCAUUCUCGAAGACAUUCCUCGAGAAAUAAUUGAAGGUAGGUAGUUGUUAAAUGCAGCGGAAAUAUUGGAAAAAUCUCGUGUUAUUUUGGUGUGUGUUCCUUUAUAUUCCUG